AUGAGAGUGAGCUGCGUGAACUUUCCUGCUAUAAACUCGUCUGUCUCUGUGGUUCUCCUCAUUGCAGUAACUGUGUACACACCGCUAUUCCCUCAGGAAGAGAAGCAGCUCCAGUUCUGGAUCUCCAGCAUGGGGACAGCUGCAGGAUGGAGCCCCUCAGAGUCUGCGCUGUUAUGCUCAGAUCAUUUCACCUCCAACUGCUUCAACACUUCAGGACAUUUACACCCUAACGCUGUCCCCUCUGUGUUUCAGUUCAUGGAAGAAGCAUCAGCUACACACCCAGAAACUUCAGAACACAAAAUGUGUGAUGGUUGUGAAAAACGUCUCCGCCUGAUUGAAAAGUCAUACAAACUAAAAUUACUUUCAGCUCAACUGCAGGUGAAGAAAUAUGAAAAGGAGCUGAGUGAGCACUCCCGCAAGAUGAGGAAGCUACAGAGAAAAAUUACCGUUUUAGAGACUGCGAUGAAGGUGACGAGCAUGAGGAAGCCUGUGUCUACAUCCUAA